CAAUCACAUCCCUCCCAAAAUAUGCACGCUUAUAUCGCAACAACAUUCAGAGGCCAUUGAUUUUCCGCUCUCCACCAGCCCGUCGGACCUGUCUCUCCCUCACAUAUCUCACUUCAAAUUCUUCAUAUCUGAGAUUCGAAGAAACAGUAUCGCCAAACUGACGUAAGCUCGGCAACAGCACGACAUUUCGAAGUGCGGGCCUGGUUUAGAAAAGGAAAUACGCGCCUGUAGGAACGAAGACACGCCGCUACAAUGGCUGGACAAUCAAAGGAGGCACCCAUCCCUCCUUGGGGCCUCGCAGUAGCUGGCGCAACUGGUGCAGUCCUUGCAAACGCUCUGGUGUACCCCCUCGACAUUGUCAAGACCCGCAUCCAGGUCCAAGUCAAGCGGAAGGCAACUGAUGCUCCCCCUUCUGCAUCUGACCCCGCACACUACGACUCGACAUGGGACGCCAUCACCAAGAUCGUUGACUCUGAUGGAUACGCAGGCCUGUACGCCGGCAUCCAGGGGGCCCUGAUCGGCGUGGCCUCGACCAACUUCGCAUACUUCUACUGGUACUCCGUCGUGAGGACCCUGUACAUGUCAUCGCGGAAGGACACAGCCGCGCCUGGAACGCUGGUGGAGCUGUCUCUCGGUGCGGUCGCAGGCUCUGUGGCGCAGAUCUUCACGAUCCCCGUUGCGGUCGUCACGACGCGCCAGCAGACGCAGUCAAAGGACGAGCAGAAGGGCAUGAUUGACACGGGGAUGGAAGUCAUCAACAGUGAGGAUGGGUGGACUGGUCUGUGGAGAGGCCUGAAGGCUAGCUUGGUCCUCGUGGUCAACCCAGCCAUCACUUAUGGCGCCUACCAACGCCUGAAGGACGUCAUGUACCCAGGGAAAGCAAGCUUAAGACCAAUGGAGGCUUUCCUUCUCGGUGCUAUGUCGAAGUCCCUAGCAACUAUUGCUACACAGCCACUUAUCGUGGCGAAGGUGGGCCUGCAGUCAAAGCCCCCGCCUUCUCGCCAGGGUAAGCCCUUCAAGAGCUUCAUCGAGGUGAUGGAGUUCAUCGUCAAGAACGAGGGCCUCCUAGGUCUGUUCAAGGGGAUUGGUCCCCAAAUCACAAAGGGGCUUCUUGUCCAGGGUCUCCUCAUGAUGACCAAGGAACGCAUGGAACUUCUUUUCGUCCUGCUCUUCCGUUAUAUCCGCAAGAUGAGGAGCGAGCAACUCCAGAAAGCCGCCGCGCUGGUGGCCUCGAAGGCGCCGCUUGUUGCCAAAUAGAUCCCACCUGUGGGGGUGUAGAUAAGAAAGAGUUUGGCGUCGUUUUGGCUACGAUUGUACGAGUCUGGGAGGGUCACAGUAAAUAUAGAAAUAUUUAGACAAGAUGUUCGCGAGCAUUUAUUUUAUGUAGAUACAGUCAAUUAGAAACAUCUAUUGAACUAGUGCGUGAAAAUCUGUAGCGGGGACUACCAUAGCAGCCACCAGAAUACGGCG